GGCGGCGCGGGGCCGGGUGUGUGUGAGUGCGUGUGCGUGUGGGGUGUGGGGUGUGUGUGAGCGCGCGUGUGCGUGUGCCCGCGUGUGCGUGUGAGUGUGUGUGCCCCCGUGCCUCUAUGUGGCUGUGUGUGCGUGUGCGGGUGUGGAUGCGUGCGCGGUGCGUGUGCCCUUUCCUCCCUUCUUCCUCCCUUUCUUUCUUUUCUCCUUGAUUUAUCUCCCCCUCUCCCCGGUCAUCCCAUGGUGUUCAGGUCCCCGCUAGAGCUUUAUCCCACCCAUUUCUUCUUGCCAAACUUCGCCGCCGAUCCGCACCACCGCUCCCUCCUUCUCGCCAGCGGCGGCGGCGGCAGCGGCAGCGGCUCGGGCUGCAGCCCCGGUGCCGGCGGCGGUGGAGGCGGCAGCUCCCGGGCACCCCACGAAGAGUUGUCAAUGUUUCAGCUGCCCACACUCAACUUCUCCCCGGAGCAAGUGGCCAGCGUCUGCGAGACGCUGGAGGAGACUGGAGACAUAGAAAGGCUGGGGAGGUUCCUCUGGUCGCUGCCGGUGGCGCCGGGGGCAUGCGAGGCCAUCAACAAGCACGAGUCCAUCCUCCGCGCCCGGGCGGUGGUGGCUUUCCACACGGGCAACUUCCGAGACCUCUACCACAUCCUGGAGAACCACAAAUUCACCAAGGAGUCCCACGGCAAGUUGCAGGCCAUGUGGCUCGAAGCGCACUACCAGGAGGCCGAGAAGCUAAGGGGUCGCCCGCUGGGGCCGGUUGAUAAAUACAGGGUGAGGAAGAAGUUUCCGCUGCCCAGGACCAUUUGGGAUGGCGAGCAGAAGACGCACUGCUUCAAGGAGAGGACUCGCAGCCUCCUGAGGGAGUGGUACCUGCAGGACCCUUACCCCAACCCCAGCAAGAAAAGGGAACUGGCUCAGGCCACGGGGCUCACCCCCACGCAAGUAGGCAACUGGUUCAAAAAUCGAAGGCAAAGAGACAGAGCAGCGGCGGCUAAAAACAGGCUCCAGCACCAGGCGAUAGGACAGAGCGGCAUGCGGUCGCUGGCAGAGCCCGGCUGCCCGACACACAGCUCGGCCGAGUCUCCGUCCACGGCGGCCAGCCCGACCACCAGCGUCUCCAGUUUGACAGAAAGAGCCGAGACGGGCACUUCCAUCCUCUCGGUAACCUCCAGCGACUCGGAAUGUGAUGUAUGAUAUCGGAAAACAAACAAACAAA